UUUACCUGCGCGACGUAGGAUUACGCGCUCGUUAUUUGCUUUUGCACGAUAAAAUUUUGCUCGAUAUGUUUAUCUUUUAUCGAACAUAUUUUUUGCAGGUGUCAGUAUUACGUUCGGUUAUCUAAUAACGGAGUUUAAUACGUCCCUAUCGAGUGACUUAAGUCGUUUCUGUUAGUUUACUUGUUGCAGUGAAAUGGAAAAUUAGUUUUCGUCAAAUUCGGAGUUGCGGAACAUGACAACAACAGCGUACUCAUAAGUGGACAACAAGUGCAGCAGCAGACUUAACUAACUAACUGGUUAUCGCAAUUAUCUUCUGGAAUACCACUCUCAAGGUCAAAAUAAAGAUACAAUUAUUAUUGUCUGUCGCCUUUAUGAAAACGUCCAGCACGCUACAAGGUCACCGGUACCCUGUUUAGCAUGAGCAACGCAACCCGGAACAAGGAAUAAAACAUACAUACGUCAACAAAUAAAUAAUUAUUAUUACAACAACAACAGGUUCGCUUCAACGAGAACAACAACAAUGGCUGAAUUUUUAGAGUACGACUGGAGGACCAAUUUCAUUACGAAAGAUUUGAUAACGAUCCCAAAAUCCCAGAAGAAUCCUGAAGACAAACACAUUAGCAUCCAGGCAUUAAGAGGGUUAAUAUAUCAGUCUACGGACAGCGAGUUCAAAAAUAAUGUCCAGCAAGACGACACGACACUCCUCAAGUUCCUCUACGCCAGAAAAUUCGACAUAGACGAGGCCUAUCAGCUUAUACAAAAUUAUUAUUGGUAUAGGAAACGAAACAGUCAAAUUUUUAAGGAUUUCUCCAUCGACGCUCCAGAUAUAAGGAAAGCUUUGGAAAACGGUCUGCCAGGUGUUCUGCCAACCAAAGAUCGAAAAGGAAGAUGCGUCUUAAUUUUAACGGGAGUUAAUUGGGAUUGUUCCUAUUCCCUGUUAAGUGUUUAUAGGUCUCUCUUAUUCACGUUAGAACAUUUGAUAAACGACGUUCACAAUCAAGCAAUCGGUUUCGUUGUGAUAGUUGAUUGGACAGAAUUCUCUUUCAGGCAAAGUACGAACCUUAAGCCCAGUGUACUAAAGUUGAUGAUUGAGGGAUUGCAAGACUGUUUUCCGGCCAAAUUCAAGGGGGUGCAUUUCCUCGGUCAGCCGUGGUAUGUGGAAGCAGCUCUCACCUUUAUUAAACCCUUUCUCAAAGAUAAAUCAAAGGAUAGAAUUUUUGUACAUGGAAAUAAUCUUAGCACUUUACAUGACCAUGUUCAUAGGGAUAUUUUACCGGCGGAAUUCGGGGGCGAACAACCCAGUUACAACCCCGAAACGUGGCUAAAAAAGGUGCUGGAAGAAACUAGCAAUAAUAAUGAGUCGUGAUGAAAUUUUGUCGCUUUAAAAAUAGUUUAGAUAACCCAUGCAACGCAGAAAAAAAGAUAAGUUAUGUUUGUCGAAUAUUACGCGCAGAUUUUCUGAUAACAACCUGGCUUGACACUAAGCUUAUUUUUCUAUAAAAUCGGUGGGAUUUAGGGAGUUAAUCGUUUUAAAAUAGGUUUCAGAAAAAACAUGACUUGUAUUGAUAAUGGCUAAUAACUCUACUUAUUUUUAGUAAUUUUAAGAUUAAGAAUGAACUUCGAGAUGUAUUAUGAGAAACUUGAAUUAAUAAAAAAUUAAAACCGUGGUGUAUAUUAGCUAGCGUCAGUGGGCGAAGCCUCAAGGUGCCGUCUCAUUCUCGUGCCAAAAAAUAUAUUUAAAGUGGUAAAAAUUAAACCAAUUGUGUCACUCUUAACUGUGGUGAUGAGCAAACGUAAGACUAUGACAAGACUAACACAGUCGAGGUCUUGGUUUUGACCUAGUACAUAUAGUCUUGGUCUUGGCCUAACACAUGUAGUAUUGAUCUUGGUCUUGGCCUAACACAUGUAGUCUUGAUCUUGGCCUGGCCUAACACAUGUAGUCUUGAUUUUGGCCUCACAUAUGUAGUCUUGGUCUUGGCCUAACACGUGUAGUCUUGGUCAUGACGCAGUACAUAUAGUCUUGGUCUUGGCCUAACACAUGUAGUCUUGAUCUUGGUCUUGGCCUAACACAUACAGUCUUGAUCUUGGCCUGGCCUAACACAUGUAGUCUUGAUCUUGACCUAACAUAUGUAGUCUUGGUCUUGGCCUAACACAUGUAGUCUUGGUCAUGACCUAGUACAUUUAGUCUUGGUCUCGGCCUAACAUAUGUAGUCUUGGCCUUUGCCUAGCAUAUUUAUUUGUGGUCUUGGUCGAGUACAAUUAGUCUUGGUCUUGACCUAACACUUGUAAUCUUUGUCUUGACCUAGCACAUUUAAUUUUGACCGUGGCCAAUCACAUUGAGUCUUGACCUUGAUCUAGCACAUUUAGUUUUGGUCUUAGCCUAGCACAUUUAGUUUUGGCUUUGGUCUUACUUUUCAAUAGCACGUAGUGACUUUGGUCUUGUUCUUGCGAGAUCGCUUCAUGUUUUAGUAAAACUUGUAACAGUUUAGAAAAAUUAAAAUGGUGUAUACUUCGUUCGUAACCCUAUUGCGAGAAUCGUGGUAAAUAAGUCUUGCUCUCGGCCUUCGUCUUGUUCAUUUAGUCAUGCAUUUAGUCAUCCAAGUAUAACUUUCAGUCUUCUUCUUGCUAAAUGUGCAACAUUAAAAAAGGAUAAAUCUGCAAGAUCAAGACUAUUUUUGCUCAUUACUACGUCCGUGGAGGUCGCCCCCUCCCCCUAUUUACGCCACUGGUUCAGUGAAUGCUUUAGAAUUCUAAGACGAUGUUAAUUACGAUAUAUUUGUGUGAAUCUCCUAUUAAGAAAUUGUGUAAUUUUUAAAUUAAGCAAUUAAUGAUAAAAGAUAUGAUAUGGCUGAUGUAUGACCUUUCAAAAACAAUUCAUAAAUUGAAAGAUAUUACUUUUUUGUCUGUUGGAUUUGCGAAGAAAAUUUUUUACCAUAUCCCUACCGAAAGUGGUAUAGUAGUAACAAUGCGUAUUUAGACCUCGGGAAGAUAAUACAGCACCCCUUCCGGGACGAAUGCCUCAUUUUCUUCCCUUCUCUUUCCUAGAAAAGUAUGUUUUGUUUCUUUUUCUGGGAGUUUUACUUAAAUAAUGAUUAAUAUCCACAAUUAAACAACAAAUUAUUAUUGGUUUUGUUACACCUAUUUAUGUAUUUAUUAUUUUAAGCACAUAAUGUUCCAUUUCAAGUGUUGUAUUUAUACGAGUGAUAAAACGUGUUAGUUCCAAGGUCAAUUUAAUACUGCGAAUGCAUCUUUGCAAAUAUUCGAAAUUGAUUCAGUUAUACAGAUACAGAGCAUGCAUUAUUUUAUACAAAUGAGAAAUCAAAUUGUAAACGUGUGUCUUCCAAAGAUAUUUAAUUUUUUCUGUUAAUUAUUAUGUAUGUAUGUAUGAAUGUAUGCAUGUAGAGUAUGUAGUGCACAUUUCUUGGUAGUAUUAUUACUAUUUACGAAUAUUAGAUAAUUAUGCUAUAAAAAUAAUAAUUAAAAAAGUAUUGUGUGUACCAAGAGAAUGAGAACAAUGUUUAAUAAAAAGUUAUGUUUA